UAAUAAAAUAUCAAAAUGUUCCUACGCGUCUUAGAAAUGUUAUAUUUCAUUUACUUUGCAUCGCAUAUUCCGAUUACUCUGAUGAUUGAUCUUCAAGCGUUACUUCCUGAACAUGUGUAUCCACCUGAGCUGAAAAACGUAUUGCAGUGGUAUGCUGCUGAAUUCAAAGAUCCGAUGAUGUUGGACCCACCCGUGUGGUUUAGAUCUUUUGUGUUCUGCGAGGCUCUUGUUCAGCUGCCAUUUUUCCCAAUUGCAGCAUACGCUUUCCUCAAAGGUGGCUGCAAGUGGAUCAGAACACCAGCAAUAAUAUACUCCAUUCACGUGGCCACUACUUUAAUCCCCAUUUUAAGUCACAUCAUUUUCCAUAACUUUCCUCUGAUGCCACACCCGGGUCCGCAAACUUUAAGGGAACGUCUGACCCUUGUGUCUAUUUAUGCUCCAUAUCUGAUCAUUCCUGUCAUGAUUCUGUUGACCAUGCUUUUCAACUCAACGUAUAACUCAACUUCUCCAAGUGGAAAAGCUUCCUCAAAGUCCAAGAAACAGAGAUAAAUGCCAGUUUAUUCAUUCCACACAUUACUGUUAAUUUGAUGAGUGUAUGUAAGGAUGAAUGUAUUCAUUGUUAUAAGCCGCCAGGGUUGUUGCUAGAUAUUACAGUUUGAACGGCAGUAAUUUUUUAAAUAAAACUAUCAGCAUUU